CCUUGAGGAAGUUCUAGUCUUCCCAGGUAUGAGCCAUUUUACUAGCACUUGCUUGACUUCUCUUCCCUUGUGGAUAAUGACCUGUUUCUGCAGAAUUUAUUCAGGCUCGACCUUAACUCCAUGAUUGGCAGGAAGCUACCUUCAGGAUUGCUGUCUUCUUCAUAUUUCUUUAACUGGGACACAUAGCAUACAUAGUGGAUCCUGGCUUUUUGAGGCAGCUUCAGCUUGUAGUCUACUGUAUUGAUUUUCGGUAUCACCUGAAAAGGCGCAUAGAAUUUAAGUGCCAGCUUGAAACACUUUUGAACUGAGAUACUGGACUGACAAUAGGGUUGCGAAUUUAAUAGCUUGCACUCCCCUUUCUUAAAUUAUCUCUCGAUCCUCUUGUUAUCCACAAUAAACUUCAUGCAUUUCUACGAGUCCAUGAGUUGUUCCCUAAGCAUUCGAUUCAUUACUUGCCUGUCUUCCAGCCAUUCCUCAAGCUUAGCCAUCCUGGCGUCUCUGCUUUUGCUCUCGAUGACUAGUGGAGGAGGGUAUCUGUAUGAGGCCAUGAAAGGUGGCAUUUUUAAGCUUGCUGGUAGGAUUUAUUAUACUAUCACUCAACAAGCCCUACUCAUUUUGACCAUGCCUUAGGCUUAUUAGAAGCCAUGCACCAUAGAUAGCCUUCAAUACAUUGGUUGAUCCUCUCUGUCUACUCAUCAGUUUGUGGGUGGUGGGCUUAGCUGUACUAGAGUCUAGUUCCCGUCAUCUUCAUCAAUUCUUGCCAAAAUUGACACAUAAAGACCUUUUCUCUGUCGGUGACAGUGGACCUUGGUACUUUGUGGAGCUUAUAGACAUGAUCUAGAAAAAUCAGAGUGAUGUUUUGAGUGGUGAAAAGGUGUGAAAAAGCUAGGAAGUGACCGUACUUGGUAAACCGAUAUACCACAAUUAGAAUGGUAUUCUUGCUUUCUGACUUGGAUAAGUGCUGUUUAAAAUUAUUAUUAUUUGAGUCCAAGCCUUAUUGGGAAUAUUGAGAGGUUGAAGCAAUCAUGGGUAAGCUAUAUUCUCCUUUUUGUACCUUUAAAAUACUCCAAACUUUCUUAUUCGUUCUUUUACCUGUUGCUUCAUUUUAGGCCAGUAGGAUCCUUGCUUUAACUUGUUGUAGGUGCCUUUACUUCCGAAUGCAUUCUUAAGGGAGAGCAUAAUGGUGUCUAAGUAGCUGCUCUCUCAGUCGUUUUUUCUCCCCUAUGAGUAGGUGACCCUUAUACCUCAGUGCUCCUUGCUGGCAUUUGAAAGGACCUUAGAAAGAAAGAGCCAUUAUCAGGUCGCAUAGGAGGGUCUGAACCAUUUGUCCCCUUGGUAGGAUUGUUGAAUUUCCUGCAUCCAAACAGGGACAACUGCCGAGACAACCAUGCACAGUUUCCCUCCUUCACUUGCAUUUCUUCUGGAUAGGGCAUCUGCGGCUUUGUCUUUUGUUCCCUUUUUGUACACAAUCUUGUACUUGAACCCCAUCAAUUUCACAAUGCUGUUGACCUGCAUAAAGGUUUGGACUCAUUGCUCUAAGAGAUGUUUGAUACUUUGUUGGUAGGGUCUUGAUGAUGAACUCACUCCCUUGAAGAUAAUGCCCCCACUUUGUGACUGCCAUGAGGAUUGCAAGCAAUUCUUCUCAUACAUGGAUAAUACAUGGUUUUUGGGGCUCAAUGACUUGCUCGAAAAGGCUAUUGGUUUCACUCGCUUUUGCAACAGGAUUGCUCAUAUUAUUGUCUUGCAAGCAUCUGCCUCCACCACAAAGGUCUCUAUGAAAUGUGGUAGGGCGAGAAGAGGGGCACUGGUCAUCGCUGUCUUGAGGUUUUGGAAGGCUUCCUUGCCUUGCUCAUUCCAUUAGAAGGCAUCUUUCUUGAGCAACUCUGUCAGGAUUGGCUGGUAGUUCCAUAGUAAUAGCGAGUAAAUCCCAGAAAACCCUUAGUUCUUUAACUGUGGUUGGCCUCAGCCAGGAGGGAAUGACUUCAAUUUUUGAUGGGUCUGUCUUCAUACCUUCCCCGUUGUGCUUAUGAUACGGGAAAUUUCUGCAAAACUUUUCACAAAGAUGCCAGUGGCUGGAGAGAAUGUGCUUUUUGCAAGACGCCGAUUCACUGUGGAUGUAUUAUGUCGGCAUAUAUGUGUAAUGUACUGGAUUUUGGUGGUGUAGCUUGCAUGAGUUGUGCACCACCUGAACCUGAGAAGUAUCAUGACUUCAUCAAGAAUGUCCCAGAGACUCGGCAGCACUUGCAGAACCCCUCCCAAAUUCCUCCCAUCGUGGAGACAAGAACUAGUGGUUUGAAACCCAUCCUAACCUUGAAAGAACAGGGAAUUGGUGAUUUAAUUGUUUGACUGACAGCUUUAAGCUCUCUGAGUUAAGAUUAUAUGCAAGUGAAAUUACUAGUUUCCUGCUUGACUGGAAAUGUCAUGUAUAAGGGUAGAAGAAUAGUUAGACAGUUUUAUUUCUUGGGCAUAAAUGAAGAUUUGAAAUUCUAAUUCUAUUUUUAUAUGCAAUCAAGUGGAGGGAUAUUUGAAAGCAUAGAGUUUCUGAGAGGAGUAAGGAAACUGUAUCAUAUUCUUAGGUUUAUAAUUUCUACCUAAGUUGUCUUGAAAUUCAGAUUGUGAAUGGAGACCCUUGGUGUGCAG